GCGCACGGCAGGGAAGAGGAGCGGGCAAAAGGAGGAUGCCUGUCCUGCAGUACAGCCAGCGCCGGGAACGCGGGCGGGGUGGGUCGUGCCAACACCGCCCCCCCGACGGUCUCUGCCGCUAAUGCCGUUUUUCUGCCGCUGCGCAGGAGUCCUUGCGAAUGUAAUUCACCUGCCGCUGUCUUCAGCAGGAAAGAGGCUAAUCCCGUUUGGCGAUUUAGCGGGCCCGCCGCCAGCAGGUGAGGCGGUGGCGGAGGUGGGUGCCCGGCCCGAGCCGUGCCCGGCCGGCCCGGGGCCUACCAGGAUGUCCGUAACAGAUCAAGCCUUUGUGACCCUUGCUACCGAUGAUGUGUACUGUCAAGGCGCUCUGGUUCUCGGACAGUCAUUGAGGAACCAUAAGACAUCUAGAAAAUUGACAGUUCUAAUUACACCAGAGAUUUCCAGUGGGAUGAGGUCAGUCCUCCGCAGUGUAUUUGAUGAAGUAAUCCAGGUGGAUGUGCUUGACAGUGCUGACUCAGUCCAUUUGGCUCUAAUGCAGAGGCCAGAACUGGGUGUAACCUUUACUAAGCUUCGUUGUUGGACUCUUACUCAAUUCAGCAAAUGUGUGUUCAUGGAUGCAGACACUUUGGUGCUUUGCAAUGUUGAUGAAUUGUUUGAUCGAGAAGAGUUUUCAGCAGCUCCUGAUUCUGGCUGGCCUGACUGCUUUAAUAGUGGAGUAUUUGUGUUCCGUCCCUCUUUGAAAACUUACAACCUACUGCUCCAGUUUGCUGCUGAACAUGGCAGCUUUGAUGGAGGUGAUCAAGGAUUGUUGAAUAGCUUCUUCAGCAACUGGGCAACAGCAGAUAUUGGCAAACACUUACCUUUCCUCUAUAACUUGAGCAGCAGUGCUGUAUACACCUAUGUUCCUGCUUUCAAUCAUUUUGGUAGAGAUGCCAAAGUUGUUCACUUCUUGGGAGCAACAAAGCCCUGGAACUACAAAUACAACCUUCAGACAAAGAGAGUUAUGCAGGAUGACACAACCUCUGGAUCUUUUCAUCAACUGUCAUUUCUUGCCCUCUGGUGGAAUAUAUACAGUGCCAGUAUACUGCCUUUGUUAGAAAAACUUCAAAAGAUGGAAGAAUCAGAAUCCAAGGAAUGCAAGCACACUUUCAAUGGAGUUGAAAUUACACUGAAGAAAGUCAGUCCUUGUGUGGCCAAUUCACAGCAAAUGCCUGAGCUUCCAGAGCAGGCAAAUGAAAUAAAUGCCACAGUGUGUUCACCUGAGGAACUCACUUUUGAAGCUCAACCUGUAUAUGAAGUUGAACCAAGCGAUUCUAGCGUCCAUCUCUCUGAGCCUGACAGACCUUCAGAACAACCUGUCUCCCAUCCUGCAUUUCAGGAAACCUCAGAACUGAACGAGAUUGCAGAUUCUGUUUCAGAGCUGUCUAUUCACCUUAAACCAGCAAAACCAACUCCAGAAGAUGAGCGGAGAAAAUGGGAGGAAGGGCGCAUGGACUAUAUGGGGAAAGAUGCUUUUGAACAUAUCAAAAAGAAAUUGGAUGCAUUUUUACAUUAAGAUAGUGUACUGUAAAGGCCAUCAUGAUAUAUGUUUCUUCUAUAAAUGCAAUUCUUGAAUACUUGGCUAUAUUAACAGCUUACCUGAUGCCAGAGGUUAUUAUGGAUCCUCAUAGAUUCUUGGAGGAGAUUAACAGAUACAGACUCUUUUUUGUUUUUUAACUUUUAAGUGUGCCUCAUCUUUAUUGUUACUUAUGUCUCAUCUUCAUUGUUCUCCAACAGUGCCUUCUAAAGAAAAAUGAAUGGUACGCUCUGAGUAUGAUCUCUCAUGUAUUUAUCACCCUUCCCUGUUCCUCCCCAUAGCAUUCUGCAGAAACAGUCAUGAGUGGGAAACAUGCUGAAAAUUGAAAUUAUUUUGGAAGUUGAGUUUAUUUCCCAGACUGAGAUUAUUCCUGAAGUACUUAUAAAAGACACUAUAAAGCUAUUUAAAUAAAAAACUUGUUCCAGAAACCAAAUUAAUGCUUUCAAGGGCAACCAUGAUGUAGACUUCAAUAUGAGAAAACAGUGAAGAGAUGAAAUCCUGUCCUCAUUGGAGUCUGCAACAAAACUUUUUAAUUUAAAUAUGAUUAGGAUUAGAGGAACUUUAGACUUCAUCUGAGAUCACUACUGGAUGUUCUGUGUUUGUCUGUUUAUAGGAAGAUGCUCAGCUUUAUAACUAGUGUAAGGAAGAGUGGUUUAAAACUCUUAAGACAGACUGGUAAUGUAUGUUAACCUUUUAUAUUGUUGCUAUAGGAUACUGUUGCUUUUUAAAAGAUUGUUAGCUUUACUUGCAUAUUCUGAGUUGUGUAGUCAGAGGAAGAAACACGAUGGUAUGGUGUAAACCUUCCGGUGCUUUAUAUAAAUUCGUUUACAAUACUUCAAACUGCAGCUGAUAAAGGCUUCCUUCUCACUCAGGAUGAUAGCCCCAUAUUACAGGCAAUUUGAGUGCAACUGAAAACACAAUUGGCACUUGUUUUAGUAAACAGGCCCUUUGAAGAUAUUUUAAAAAAUAGCUGUGUGUGGGAACCAAAAAAUCUGUGAGGGUUGUUCCAGAAAAAAUCUACUGAUGAGACACCAUUUUAUUAAGAAUACUUAUGGGGGAUUGUUUUGUGAAUUUGGGUAUUUAAAUUUGACUUAUCUCAGUGAGUUUGCCUUAACAAACAAGAAAAAGUACUUUCUUUCAAAGUAAAAAACUUUGAAAGAAAGGAUCUUGACAGUCAUGCUAAUAUGAUAACAGGUUUGACACAGUUAUCUGUAACCUCACUCAGUAUUAGAAUAAAAAUUCUGCAGUGAUGAUGCAGGACUUGAAACAUUUUGGUCUUAAUAUGUCACCAAUUUUGGUAGAGAUAUACAUAAUGAAAUAACUUGGGAAUUCUGUUUCAAAAUGCUGUUACAUUAUGCAUAAAAGGGAUCACCAUAGGUGUUAGUGGAGAAAAAAAAGCAGGAUAGGAGGGAAGAAGAAAUUUUUAUUUCUUUUUCCUCCAUCAAAAAGGAUGUGAGGGUGGGGCAGAGAAUACUUGCACAAAUUGGGAAAUUAAUGAAAGAAAUUAAAAGUCCUUUAAAAGAAGAAAAACAUAUCUUUGAGCAUCUUAGAAUUACUUUCUAAUAAUCACAAUAGUGGACUUGCUUUUACUUUUGUAGGAUUUUUCUGAUUUUUAUCUAGUUCUCAUUUAUUCUAAGCACUCUUAAAGAGUGAAACUCAUUGGUGUGUCUUCUGCGUAUAAGCUUCUAGGUUAAGUUAGAUGUUUUAGGGUCAACAGAGAAAUGGGGAAGGAUCAUCUCCCUUUGACUAACCUGGGGACCCUUGAUAGCCUGCGUCUUUCUGGGUAGGUGACCUUCACACGUUAGCGCAGGUAGGUGCAUUCUACCUCUUGGUGCUGUGGCCCAGUGCAGCGCUGUGUGGAGAUGCAGCAGCUGCAGUGUCCUCUUACUCACGUGGCAUUUGAUCUGCUGAUUAGCCCUGUUUCUUUGUGAUCCUUGUGCACUUCUGAGAAAGUUCUCUUGUUUUAAAAGCAUUGUUGCUAACAUAAUUCAAACAGGUUUUGAAGACUAUAAAACUAGUCAUCAAUGUGAACUCAUGCUUCGGGGAGGUGUACAUUUUACAGUAACAACUAGAUCUUACCGGGCACAUUAAUUAGAUUAUGAGAGAAAAAUUAUUGAUGUGAAAUCAGUAACUGAAAGGUUUUUUAUAUAGGUGUAUGAGUGUAGUAAAAGGAGCUGUGAUUGGACACGUCAAACGGUUAGUAUGUAAAAUGGUACCGUGUGGCUUAUACAAUGUUUUGCAAAGAAUGUACAUUAAUGUAAUGGAAAUAAAAGAAAUGGAAAAGACAUAUGAAGUCAUGUACUUAUCAGAUGAUGCAGAGUUACAGGUUGUUUGCACUAUGCCAGGGAUUAUUAUUUGUGACUGACUAAUUUUUUUUAAAUUUUAUUUAAUUGCUUUUGAGACAUUUAGCAUUACCCGCUGAGCAGAAUUAAAAGGUUAGACUUAUAAUUAUUCCUACAGACAUACAUAAUUAUAAUGUUUAGGAUCUCUUGAAUUAGCACAACAGUAUUUUGUUUAUUGUAUUUCAUGGAAAAGUGUAGCUGUUAAAGGCCCUGCCCAAGUUUUUACAUCCUGUCUUCACAUAAAAAAAAAAUUGAACUAAUUACACAUAAUGUAGUGUUGUAGUGGCUUCUAGCACACAACUGUUGUCACCAAUGUGUGAGAAGGGAAAAUCUUGUAUGUGACUCCAGAAUUUGCAAGUGCUAUGCUUCAGGCAACAUUCUGUGCUUUUAUGGACAUCAUUCUGAAAUCCUGGGAUCACAGGCAGGUCUGAGGGGUGUUAUGGGCUGCAUGCUGCCGUGAACCACAGGGCUGAGGUUUCCUACAUCGAAACACGACUUGGGGAGAAAAAACUUAAAAAGCUUUACCUGGAAUUUUUCCACAUUAAACUGUGGUAUAGCCCCAGGUAUUUUUAGGAUGAAGAAAGUUAAGAAGUGUAGGCUAUUGCUGUGUGGCAGACUGUAUUUAAAGAGGACAGCUUGUGUUUAAAACAAAACAUGAUGAUACUACUUCUGUCAUGUGCUUGGAGUUAUUCAUAGCCUGAUUUAGAGGGUAAUUUUAUUUGCCAUACAACAAUUUUAUUGGGUGCUCUUCAUGUAUAAACAGGAGAUAGUGUGGGUUAGACAUGUGGGCUAAUACACUUUUGUAGCCUACAGUAAAGGAGAUAUUCAUGAAAUAUCACUUUUCUUAAUGCCUGGUGUCUUGUGAGGACUCUUCCAACUGGGUCAUUCUUUGUAAAUAAGAAGUUUUCUUUGUCUCUCUAGUUCAUUCAACUCACCAUUGUUUUUCUGAAGCUGGUAUUCGAAAAAAUGCUUAGUUGUUUUAUUUUGGUUUUUUUCACCUUGAUUUUUCUGUCCAUGAACAGGAGGCUGGAUUAGUAGCAGAUGGCGAUAUAUGUUUGUGUGCUCCUGUAAACAUAUAGUUGUUCAACAGCAGCAAGUCUGCAGCAUGCCUACUUAUUCCUUAAUGGAUUCUGUUGCUUUCCUAAUCUAAACUGGUUUGAUUCCUAUGACUUUGAAAAUAACAUGAGAUGGGCCUGUUUUCUUAAGUCACAGCUCAUUAAUUCACAUCUCACAUUCCAAUUCCCCACCAAUUUUCUUGUCAUGAUAUUGAGAUUAUAUUUCUGUAGUUUGAUUUUCUUUUUUUUUUAAAUCAACCUUUUAAAUGAGAUUAAAUGCAUAGUAGUACGUUCUUAAAUAGCCUGCAAAAAUACAUGUCAGUUAGUGGUCAUUUAAGUAGUCCACAUCAUCAGUAUAUUGGUUGCAAAAUAUCUCAGCUGAAAUUUUGUUCAUCCUAAGUUGGCUGGCUCAUAAAUAACAAUUUCUGUGGUGCUAAUGGUUAAAGGGAUGACACUCAAGCUUUACUUUGCAUCCUGGUAUAAACUUUCAACUUGUAAUAACAUCAUAUUAUAAUUAUAGCAAAGGUAGUUAAAAAAGUACGGUGAUAUAUAUUUGACUUAAACAUCAUAAAUAAUAAUUGUUAGAAAACUGGAAAUGAUAUACUAUGAAUAAAGGGAAAAAUAGUUGCAAGAUUUUUUUUCCUGAAUUUUACUUUGACUGUUGUCAGAGCCCUUUCGAAUUCAACAAACUGGAUGGAUAAAAAAAAAAAAAUUCAAGACAGCCAGCCUCUGACCGGUGAUUAUUUUAGGAUUUUCAGGAUGGCAUGAUGUUAGCUGCCUUGGAAAAGUGUUUGUUCCAUUUUAUGGCACUGUACAGUGUUCUGAACAAUGAUAAAUACAUGAAACACUUUAUUUGUUUUAUUUUAGAGCAAUAAGAUAUUCAAAGCCUUCUCAUAGUAUUAAAUACUUGGAACAGAACUGACUGCAUGUGAUGGGUGGGCACAUGUUUUAUCUUUUGUUUAGAGACUAUUUUUUUUUUUAAUUUUUAAACCUCCAUAAAAUCUUUCUGUUUCCAAACCUUUUACUUACAGUUUUUAGACAAACGGCAGAGUAGAAGUUGGGGUUGUUUGGAUGCUGUAAUAAUCCCUUUUAUUUCAACAUGGGGAGUCGAGAUUUUUUUAAAAUUUUUUUUCUUACUUUCAAAAAAUCUUAAUAAUGCAGUAGUAUGGUAAUCAAAAAAGAAGCUAGGUUUUGAAUAAAUUUGAUUUUUUUUUAAUGUAGCUGAUUAGAUGUAACAUUACAAUCACAACAUUCUAAGAAAAUCUUCAGUAUUUUAUUGAGUUCAAUACUAUAUAUAUGACUGCGUGUGUGUAUUUUAACCUACAAUCUGUCAAAAAGCAAAAGGUUUUUUUAUAUUUACUCCUUCUUUUUGGUCCUUUAUGUAAAUGCUUCUCAAAUAUACUGAGAGUCCUUGAGAAUUUCAAGCUGGAUGAACUUUGAGCUCAAAUUACUUUUCUGAGUUUAUUUGUUAAACAAUUAUUUUGCAUCCUUAAACGAUGGGAUCUUGUGAUCCAUAUGCUGGCAUUCCCUUGAGUCCCAGCAGGGAGCAAAGCAAUGUGUCUAAUAUUUAAACACGGUGAAGUGAAGUUUCUUAGAAGCUUAUUGUCUCAAUCCUGUGAGAUUUGCCAAUUACUCUGUUGAGUCAGUCUAAUGCAACAAUUCCAAAUGUCAUUUAAUAAUGAUCAAACAAUUUAAGUGGAAGUCAGUUUCGUACAACGUGAAUGUCAAACAUUUGCACAGUACAACCACAGCUCUUUCAGUAAAACAAACUUAAUUUGUCACAGAGUAAUACUCCCCUCUCUAUGGUGUGUGUAUUGAACCAUGUGUAGGCACAUUCUGGUAUGGUUAUCACUGGCUUGGAGAUUGGUUAGUUGUCUCAGGUUUUCCCAACAGGCCAUUUUUAUGUAGUCCUUGCUCCUUUCUACAAAGGGAGAAAAGAAGGGAGAAAGCAUAUAAUUUAGCUUUUAUUCUUAUAUUAAUAUAUUUUGCAAAAGAUCGUUAUAGAUGACUUUUCAAGCAAACUUAGGGAACUGACUCAAGAGUUUCUUCCUUCUGGUGUUAUUCAAGCAGUCCUUGUAACAGCUUUUUUACACAUUAAUGCAUUUUAUGCAAAAGUGUGCUUGAGGAUAACUCUUGGGUGAUGUUGGGUUCACCUGCUUUAACUGGGAAUGUACAUUUGCCAGAAGAUCAGAAUAACAGCGUGUGCAGAUCUUAUGUGAUAUGGUUAGAGUAUAUACAGACAAAGAGAUCUGCAACCACUCCUGGCUAGGAUCUGCAUGAAAUGGGUAAAAUAAUUAACCUCCAUUCUCUGCUUACCACUCCUCAAAAUUUUUAUCUUUUAAGAUACAUUUAGAUUUAGACAGUAAAAGAAGCUUAGGACUGAAAAACUCUUCUCUCCUGUCCCUCAUGUUUUUUGAAGUGAUGUGCAUCCGGUUCACCAAUUUUCCAUUACGUUGUUCUCCUUGUCGCCUGCAGAUCACCUCUGUGUGCACUGUCUGCCUCUCCCUCUGUGUAUGGGAAAAGCACAUUUCUCUUUGCCUGGUUGAGGUUUCUUAACAGUGAGUUAACAAAAGCCAGUUAUGCUAUGCUGCCAGCCCUAAUUCUUCCUCCUCCUGUCUGAAAGCCCCUCUGGCUUUCCACAGAUGCCAGCCAAGAUAAAAUUAUCUAUGUUUGGAUGUCAGGAAGGCACCAUGGAUAUCUAUGUGACUCCUUAGCAUCUGACUCUAUAUGGCAGUUUAGCAAAUUUAAGUUUCAGAAGAAUGAGGUGUUACACAAAUGUUUAAUGUUUACAUUUAUAUGGGGUGAUUUUUUUUCACGCUGUGCUUGGAAAUGGAGUUCAGGGUUUUGCUGAUGUAUUGGCCUUCCUAGUCUGGCUUUCUAGUUUCGACCUAUGCUUACAAGCUGAGUGAGUGCUUGAACACCUUCCCAUGCCCUGGUAAAAGCUCUCAUCAUAACCUAGUGUGGGACUGGGCAUGUUCUUGUGUAUGAAUCAUAGAAUCACAGAAUAUGCUGAGAUGGACGGGACCCAUCGGGAUCAUCAAGUCCAACUCCUGGCCCUAUGCAGGACUCCCCAAAAAUCGCACCAUGUGCUUGAUAGCAUUGUCCAGCAGUUUUUAAACUCUCAGGCUUGUUGUUGUGACCACUUCCCUGGGGACCCUAUUCUGGUGUUCAAGCAGCCUCUGGGUGAAAAACUUUUUCCUGAUAUCUAACCUAAUGGAGUGGGGAAGGCAGUGACGUGUGAACUGAGAAAAAGCUUAUCCUUGUGUUUAACUGACAGUGUAGAUGCUACUAAACUGAUUGGCUUGACUCUAGAGAACAGCAUUUGGUUUUGUUCCCACUGAACAGUAAGAUUUGUCCUCCAUCUCUGAAUCGGCCAAACUGGCUUUAAAAUGCAUGGUCUUUUAUGCUCUUUUCUCCCUGCAUGAAUCCAGUGAAAUGCAGCUGCUCUGGUUUUGGUCCAAGUCAGCCACAGAAAAAUGUCAAAUCUUCUGACGAGUUCUUAGCAAUGUUGAUGUGGAUUUAAAUGCUAUCAAGCAGUGAGAACAAAUGUAUUUUUAGAUACCCCUGUCAAGUGUAACAUUGAUGCAUCCAAUCAGUUCAUUGUCAUAAGUGCCCUUUGAUUUAUGUGGAGUGUUUUCCACAUAACUUUCUUGGUGACCUUUUAGAGGAAAGACAAAAUGGGAAAUAACCUGAAGAAAUGCCCAGUCAGCUUUUGGGAGACUUGCACUUGAUGUUAUGUCAUGGUCAUACACAACCAUGUUUAGAGCUAAACAGCAGUGACUUACCACACUGCCACAUUGGAGGUGUAAGUCAGGAGGUUCUCUGAAAACACUGCAAAAGGUGCACAGUCCAGGCAUACAUUUGCUUCUCUCCUGAGGCUGGCGAAAGCGCUGGGAUCUGCUGUGGCAGCUCAAGAGCUGAGAGAGGGACCUGCUGCAGGCCUUCCUAUCUCUUGUUGUUUCUAAAAGGCAAAAAAUGACACACAGGCAACCUUGGUACUGAAUAGAGCUGCACUGGUGUGGCUCUGCAAGUCUGCUAGCUCUAAGGAAAUAGGUCACCUGAAGUACCUGCUCUGCAGCUCUUACCAUCCUUUGUUACUUUUAAAAUCUGGGUGACCUUUAGCUGUGUGGUACGAGUGAACAUACAGUGUUCAGAAAGGCUUAAAGUUUGAAUCUGAGUUUCUUGCCUGCAAUCUACUUUUUCUGAAGGCAAAAAUACAGAAACCUCCAUUUAAAAAUAGGAUUUGACACAAAACCUGGCAAGAGCAUGGUUAGGAUUACAUAUUGAGAGAUGAAUUUAUUUAACCUGAGGGCAGCAAGAGAGGAUUACAUAUUUUAAUCCCCUCCGUUUCCCUAAUGACUGUACAGAGUGCUGACACUUGCUUGGCUUGGAGAAAAUGACCUGUACACAGAAGUGAUUAGUGUGUGAAUUUUUUUUUAACACCUCCUACUGAAAACAAAGUGCUUUCUCACAAAACAAAGCACAUUUUGCAUGGCCCUCAUAUGAAAUCAGAGUCACUGUCACUCAAGUGGGACAUGCAUCUUAUAAAUUGGUCUCAGAUUGUGAAAUUUGGGACCUAUCUUCUCAAGGGUGAUGCUUUUCAAUGCUCUUGCAAGUGAGAUGACUUAACUACAUGGAAAAUGCAUUUCGGUAAGAAUUGUGGUUUAACAUUUCAGCAUAGCUAGGUACUUUGCUGCUGAUCUUGAGAUGUUAACUUCAGCUAUCUAAUUUUUAUAACACACUUGUCAGUUCGGUUUUCCGUGGGAAUUCUUACAUGAUAGAAAAAUGAAUGUACAGAUGAGGCAAAAAAUUGCUGUAAAUUAUUAGGUGUUUAUUUCGGAGAGGCAAACGAAUUUUGGUAUGUUUCCAAAUAAAAUGUGGGGUUUUUUUCAUUAUUUAUUUAUUUUUUUCAUUGUCAUCAUAAUUUCAUUUUUGUGCAACAGGUUUUUUUUCAUUGAAAGAUAAGCCCUGAAUAGGGAUACCCUUUUGGGCUGAGUACUGUUGUCUUAAUAAGUAUAUUUCCUGUACAAACAUCUGCAAUGAAAAGUUUACUUUCUUAUCAGUUAUCGUUUGCUUGAAUUGAAAAUCACUAAGAAAAGAAUUUUUUUGGGGGUAUUUAAUCCAGAAUUAUGCACUUGAGGGGUAGAUUAUACAGGUGACCCCUAAUUUUUAAACUACAGGUUUACUAAAUUUCUGUGGGUAUGGAAAAAGGUUGAAGAAAAAAACCCAAUAAUAUCUCCUUAAGUUAUUCCAGUGUAAUUUAACCCAUAUCUCUAAUUUCUCUAUGAAUGUAAAUGUCAUGUAAAUGUGAAAACUGUCAACUUCUUUAAAGAAGCUAA